UAGUGAAUGCGGAGUCUGGGGAGAGCAGAUAUAGUGAAUGCGGGGUCCGGGGAGAGCGGAUAUAGUGUGAAUGCGGGGUCCGGGGAGAGCGGAUAUAGUGAAUGCGGGGUCCGGAGAGAGCUAGAUAUAGUGAAUGCGGGGUCCGGGGAGAGCGGAUAUAGUGAAUGCGGGGUCCGGGGAGAGAGCGGAUAUAGUGAAUGCAGGGUCCGGGGAGAGCGGAUAUAGUGAAUGCGGGGUCCGGGGAGAGGGAGAGCGGAUAUAGUGAAUGCAGGGUCCGGGGAGAGCGGAUAUAGUGAAUGCGGGGUCCGGGGAGAGCGAAUAUAGUGAAUGCGAGGGUCCGGGGAGAGCGGAUAUAGUGAAUGCAGGGUCCGGGGAGAGCGGAUAUAGUGAAUGCGGGGUCCGGGGAG